CCAAGUGUGAAUUAUUAUUAUUUGUUGCAAAACUAAACUAAUUGAGACCACAUUUCCUUGUGCCUACAUCUCCAUCCAUCACUACCAACAAAACAAUCCCAAAAAUCAUUGUAUGGAGGAGGAGAAAACCUAACUCAACAAACCAAAUCAUCAAUUCAAUUCAUUCAAUCAAUUUAUUUUCUCCAAUCCUCCUUCCUUCAUCCAUGGCGGACGUGCUUACCAGAAAAACCACCACCACCACCUCCGGCUCCGGCAAGAAGGAAACCUCAAACCUCCUCCUCGGCCGCUUCGAGAUUGGCAAGCUUCUCGGCCAUGGAACCUUCGCCAAAGUCUACUACGCCAGAAACAUCAAAAACGGCGAAGGCGUCGCCAUCAAAGUCAUCGACAAGGAGAAGAUUCUCAAAGGCGGUUUAGUCGCUCACAUCAAACGCGAGAUCUCAAUCCUCCGCCGCGUCCGCCACCCUAACAUCGUCCAGCUCUUCGAGGUCAUGGCGACCAAAACCAAGAUCUACUUCGUCAUGGAGUACGUCCGCGGCGGGGAGCUUUUCAACAAGGUGGCGAAGGGGAGGUUGAAGGAGGAGGUUGCGAGGAAGUAUUUCCAGCAAUUGAUCUCUGCUGUUGGAUUCUGCCAUGCUAGAGGCGUCUACCACCGCGAUCUGAAGCCGGAGAAUCUCUUGCUCGAUGAGAACGGUAAUCUCAAAGUCUCUGAUUUCGGAUUGAGUGCUGUUUCUGAUCAGAUUAGACAAGAUGGGUUGUUUCACACGUUUUGUGGAACACCGGCUUAUGUUGCUCCUGAGGUUCUUGCUAGGAAGGGUUACGAUGGUGCUAAGGUUGAUUUAUGGUCUUGUGGGGUUGUCUUGUUUGUGUUGAUGGCAGGGUAUUUACCUUUCCAUGACCAGAAUGUUAUGGCAAUGUAUAAGAAAAUUUACAGGGGUGAGUUUAGGUGUCCUAGGUGGUUUUCGCCGGAUUUGUCGAAGCUGUUGAUUCGCCUUCUCGAUACGAAACCUGAGACCAGGAUUGCAAUUCCUGAUAUUAUGGAGAAUAAGUGGUUCAAGAAAGGGUUCAAGCAGAUUAAGUUUUAUGUUGAGGAUGAUAGGCUUUGUAAUGUUGAUGAUAUUUUGGGUGAGAAUGAGGAUGAUGCAGCUUCGAUAACAUCUGUGGCGUCGGUUGCAUCGCUUUCGGAUUACUCGGCUUGUGAGUCUGAUUCUGAGGUAGAGAUUAGGAGGAGGCAGCAGCAUGGUCCGUUGCCGAGACCCGCGAGUUUGAAUGCUUUUGAUAUUAUAUCAAUGUCCCCCGGUUUCGACCUCUCUGGAUUGUUUGAGGAGAAAGGGGACGAGGCGAGGUUUGUGACUGCUGCGCCGGUUUCGAAGAUCAUAUCCAAAUUGGAGGAGAUUGCUCAUCUGGUUAGGUUUUCUGUGAGGAAGAAGGAUUGCAGGGUGAGCUUGGAGGGUACUAGAGAGGGUGUGAAGGGGCCAUUGACUAUUGCUGCUGAGAUAUUUGAAUUGACACCUACUUUGGUUGUGGUGGAGGUGAAGAAGAAGGGAGGAGACAGAGCUGAGUAUGAGAGGUUUUGCAACGAUGAAUUGAAACCUGGAUUGGAGAAUUUGAUGGCUGAGGAAGCUGAAAGUGAAACUCCUAAAAUCUUGUCUACACCUACUGAGCCUUCACUGCUGCGUGUGCUUUCUGAACCUGUGCACCAUACUGAUAUUGAAUCUCCGCGCUAUCUACCUGAAGAAGAGUGAGAUAGAGAAGAGAUAAAAGGUCUUUUGUUUUUUGUUUUUGUUUUUCAUUUAUAGACUGUGUAUUGGUGAUUGAUAAAUUUUCCCCAGGAUGGUCCUGCUUCUUAGGUUUGCUCCUUGAAAGAGCCUUAGGUUUUACUGCAUUUGUAUGUCUCUAAACGACUAUACGAAGAAGAAGAAAGCUAAUUGGAAUUUAGUGAAUGGAGUACAUAUUCUAUUUUUA